GCAAAGAGCUGUCAGCAGACGUGUAAGUUGAAGAGGGGGGACUGUCGCGUCUGUGAAGAAACCUCCUCAGUCAUACCCAGGGGAAUAACGGUCCACCGCCAGGGCGACGGGAUGCCUUACAUACUCAUCAGUACGCAGAUCCGACUGGAAAAUGGUCCAACAAACGUGGGAGAUGAAUUCUCUGAUCCAGCUGUCAUGAAUUACCUGGGAGCCAGGAAAACAACCAUGCUGGGAAACAAUUUUUCUGAGUACCAUGUGGACGACCCACCACGCCUGGUGCUGGACAAGCUGGAGAAGAUCGGCUUCCGCGUGCUGACAAUGACAGGGGUGGGACAGACGCUGGUGUGGUGCCUCCACAAGGAGAUGGAGUGAUCAAUCAUGGAGUGAGGGUUGACUAUCAAAAUACCACUGUAAGCAUUUGAAAGGAUGAAUGAAUCAUGCUGAAUUGCUUAUCAACUUUUUUGUUGUUUUUUACUUUGGUUCUCUGCUCUACAUUUGACACACUGCCAGCUACAUAUUCAGGCUUCUGUCAAGUGAACAUGAAGUUCUAAAAUUGAGAUUAUCCCAGACAUAAGGUUUCAGAUUAUCUUGAAUGAGUGAUACUUCAGGGGAAUACCAACCUAGAUUCCAGACAUUUUAUAGGACUCUUUGCCCAUACUGUUUGCUAUUUACUACUGGUGACCAAUUUUAAGUUUGCGAGUGAGGGCCAGUUUUACAGUCAAUGUCAUUUGGCAGUAGAACUUAAUUAAAGGCAUGACUGUAAAGUCAUCCUGUGCAAAAGGCCUCACCCAGUUCUCUCUUUUUCCUAAGUAAAUAAAACACUGCUAGAUAUGUUUGUACUUACAGCACUGUGCAAAGAUGUUUUUGUAAGUCUAUCAUAUGCUUAUGAUUAAAUGAUGUAAUGAUA